AUGUUCUAUGUGCUCGCGAUCUCAGCAGUGUUCUGUCUCCUCUGGCCCUGCCUGUCGAUCAUUCGGAGAUUGUACUUUCAUCCACUUCGCAAUCUACCCGGACCCAAUUUAUGGAUUGCUUUUCCCAUCUUUCGCUAUAUUUCCCUGAUUAGAGGACGGCUGGAUAUCGACCUUCGAUCUUUCCACAAUAAAUACGGCGAGGCUGUCCGAUUUGGUCCUGAUGAAGUCUCCUUCAUCACCGCUCAAGCAUGGAGGGACAUCUACACCCAUGGUCACGGCGAGCGGCAACUCCCUAAAGUUCUCCACUCAACAAGUAAUCCGUCCAGCAUCAUCAGUGCCAACAAUGCUGACCACAGCCGCUUCCGCCGAGCCCUGUCGCAUGCCUUCUCUGCCAAGGGUCUGCAGGUCCAGGAGCCAAUCCUCCGCGGCUACGUGGAUAAGCUGAUCCAGCGCCUGGAGGAGAUCGCUGCAUCGCCCAACCCGGUAAUCAACAUGGUCAAGUGGUACAACCUGACUACAUUUGACCUUAUCGGAGACCUCGCCUUCGGGGAACCAUUUGGAGGGCUGGACUCGCUUGAUUACCACCCGUGGGUGGCGACCAUCUUCCAGGCAGUCCGAGGCAUCGUUCUUGUCAUGCUGCGCGAUGCCUACCCUCUCCUUUUUCAUGCGUUAUCACUCUUCCUUGUCCCGAGGUCAUUUAUGGAGAAACGCGAGCGACAGAUCGAAUAUAGCAAUCUUACCGUCCAGAAGCGCCUCCGAAGCACCCUCCGUCGCGGCUCCGUCGACUUCAUGGACAGCAUGUUGCGCUAUCGUGGCGACAAAGAAAAGGAGAUCACUGACAAAGAGAUGGAAGCUAACGCCAAUAUUUUGAUCAUCGCCGGCAGUGAAACCACCGCCACCCUGCUGUCGGGGGUCACCUACUGGCUGCUGCGAACGCCCGACGCCCUUCGCAAGGUCUCCGACGAGGUGCGCUCCUCCAUAACGUCCGAUUCAGACAUAACCUUUCAGACGAGCUCUCAGCUACCAUACAUGCUCGCCUACAAAAAGUAUCUGUUCAUCAAUCCGCUGCGUACCGCUCCCCCCCUCAACUUCUACCGCCCCGAAGAAUUUCUCCCAGAGCGCUGGUUACCGCUCGCCAAAGAAGAUGCUUCGUCGCCCUUUUACAACGACAACCGCGACGUACUGCAGCCAUUCUCGAUUGGCCCUCGCAACUGCAUCGGGCGAAACCUGGCAAAUGCUGAGAUGCGUAUGAUUCUGGCGCGCGUGCUGUGGAACUUUGACAUGGAGCUUUGUCCGGAGAGCAAAGGGUGGGAGAAGCAACGGUCUUUUCUUUUGUGGGAGAAAACGCCGUUGCUGUGCAUAUUAAAGAAGAGAGAAGGAAACACAUGA